CGGGGCGUUGUAGUAUGAUGCAGGAUCUCAACAAUGGAGAGCUUCAAAAAAGAUCUCAAGAGAAAGGAAUUAAUUCCGAUAAAAAUUCUUAUGUUUCUGAUAUAUGGAGGUCAAGCUACACUUUACCCGUAUUUCACAGUUCACUUAAAAUCUCUUGGUGUCAGCAUCAAGCACACAGCCAUAAUUUUUGCAGUGCAGCCCAUUAUAGCUUUAUUAGUAGCGCCGAUGGUUGGAAUGCUUGCAGAUAAAAUUGGGAAUUUCAAACUGAUUUUUAGCUUUUUCUUAACAUUUUCAGCAAUAACUUCUAAUAUGCUUUUGUUUGUUCCGGCUGUCCCUGCCCAAGAGAAGUUAUUAUAUUUAAGUUUAUCUUGCAAGUCUAACGCAGAGGCUGAGUUUCGAUUCUUGACAGAUAAAUCUUGCAGUAUAAUACAAGAAGAAAGAAAUUCCUACCUAAAUAUGACUCUAGAAUUUCAUUGUGAACAAAACUAUCUUAGUAAUACAGAAAAAGGCCAACCUUCUUUUUAUCUGCAAAAUGAAGAAAAGUGCCAGAAUCACUGUAGCAAUAGUAGCAUUGAUGGCUGCACUAUUGUUGAAGAAGACUCUGCAUUUUAUUUUUUUCUAAAUGCAUCAUAUUUAUUUAACACAGAGGAUCAAGAGAGUCAGAUAACACAGAGGUCAGAGAACAUAAGUCAAAGAUUACUCAAUUCAGAUGCUUAUUUUAUAAGCUACGAAAAUAAGACUUACGAUGCUUUGACAUGUUCUUGUUUCUCAUCCCAAAGAAAUGGAACGUUAUGCACAUUUGUAAGUAAAGAGCCAGUGGAAAACUGUCUUACAGAGGAAUAUGAAGAAUUUGGAAUUACCUUCUGGACAUAUCUCAGCAUUCGUCUCAUCGUAACACUUGGAAUCGGACUCGUUAAUGGUCUCUUCGAUGCUGCAUCUAUGGCAAUAAUUCAAAAGUUAAAAGCUGAUGUUGGUUUCCAGAGGUUUUGGUCUACUGUGGCUAUGUGUUUAAUGGCUCCAAUAAGUGGCUACUUUGUUGACGAAUAUGACACUUUCAAACCAUGUUUUUUCAUGUACGGAGCUUUGUAUUUAAUAGCUGCUUUUACAUCUCUAAAAUUAGAUCUUAGUAUGAAAUUGCCUUCAGAAAAUCCUCUCAGGAAUCUAGCAUUAUUAAUUCGUAACCCUGAAGUUAUUUUGUUACUUAUGCAGAUAGCAGUGCUUGGUAUCUGCUGGGGAUUUUUAGAAAACUUUCUGUUUUGGUUUCUUGAAAGUGAACUCGAAGCAAAUAACCUUAUUAUGGGACUUACUGUUACAGUUGGUAGCGGCACUGGAUUAUUCAUGGCUCUAGUUGCAACAUGGUUUACAAAAAAGCUCGGGUACGUUAAUGUUAUAAUCGUCGCUUUUAUUGCCUAUACAGUAAGAUUCUUCGGUUAUGCACUAGCUAUGGAUGCCUACACCUGUCUCAUCUUCGAGAUGAUGGAAAACUUUACCGUUACUCUGUUGACAGUUGGUGUAACUCUUUAUUGUACUGAGCUGGCAUCCCUUGAAAUGCUCACUACAAUUAUGACCCUCUGGAAUGGAUUACACAUAAUAUCAGAAUGACUUAUCAAGAAAUUGUUAUAUCGAAUGAAGAAUAUGAGUUAAUAUUCAAGAAGGAAUUAUUUUUUGUUCUAAGAUAACAUCUUUAUAUUGUCUGAAGUAUGUAUUGUAACACAG